AUGUCUGGUAUUGCGAACCAGCUCAAACCCUACUUGCCCGACAUCCGCGCUAUCCACAAGAGCCUCCUCAUUGUCCGAACAAUGAACGGCUGCAAGCAAAUGCUUGGCUCACCCACAAAACACAAAGAUGCACUCUGCGUGGUCGACCUAGCACGUGCAGUGGCAGCUUACCCAACUCUGACCUAUGACGACAAGCUCUUUCUCGCCCUGCUGCACGCUGGCUUCUUCGGCCUGCACAGAUUGGGCGAACUCGUAGACUCGGACUCUGUUUGGGAUUGUUCCCCUCAGAAAACAAUCAAACGUGCCUCACUCAAGGUUACCAACGAGGCUAUCACCUACAUUCUGCCUGGGAGCAAGGCUGACACCCUUUUCGAGGGAAACACGGUUAUGUUUCCCCGCACCAUCAAGGGAUCCACUGAUCCCUACACCGUCAUACUAACCUACGUCCAUGCCCACAAUGGCAAGGUGUACGGGCUCUGUCCUCAGCUCUGGCUCAAUGCUGUCAGCCAUGUCCCCACAUGCUCGUGGUUCCUGAGCCGGCUAUACAAGCUGUUUUCGACCCCAUAUCGCUGUCUGGGUCCAGAAACCUUGGAUAUUAAAGGCCAUUGA